UUAAAAAAUUAAAUUUUUAUAAAAAUGUGUACAAAAGUGAUUAAAAUUACUUUUUCUCUAGCUUAAUAUUGCCUAGAACUUUGUGAUAAUUGAAUUAUUAGCAUUACUAUUUAGAUAAGAACGUAGAUAAGGUUACUUAUGCUUUCAGACAUCUCUAUGACCGUCAUGGAAACUAUAGAAAAGUAUUUCAAAAGGUGGAAUCUUCAAAAAUUUUGCAUAAUUGUGGGCUAUACAAGUGCAACGUUUUCUGGUUUGAUAUCUUUGGCUUGCGUCAUUCGAGUAAUUUAUGGCGUGCCCGUUAUUAUACAAAAUGACGAAUUGGAAGGAAACUUAACCUUUAACAGUCUGUUGUUCAUCUUUCCUUCAUUAUAUUGCUUGUUGCAUCUGGUUACCUCUAAUCUUUUAGUUACUGCAGCUCAACAGGAAAAUGGAAUGUUUAUGGUGCCGUGGAUAGUGACUGGGUUUGUCGAUAUUUUAUUAGACAUUGUUGCCGUAAUUGUUUUAACAAUUGGUGCAAUAAAGUUUGAAGCAUAUCGUAACUGGUUGAUUGGUUUGGCAUGUCUCAGUUAUAUUCUUCUACCAGUUUUGAUAUACAUUCAAAUGUGUGUCAUAUCUCACUUUGAAACAUUGUUCAGGAAAAAUGGAACAACUCCUUUGCAAAUAUCUAUGGAAAACUUGAAAUUUUAAUGUGAUAAACUAAAUCAGUUUCGUUCCUUAAUAAAUUGUUCCAAAAUCAUUCAUUUGUAUCUGUAAAAAUAUUUUAUGCAAAUUUUACUUAUUGUAUUAUGUAGUGUUUAAAUAGAAUGCAAAGCAGACAAUAAUUAAUAAAACUGUUAAAUAAAGAAUAUCAUAAACCAUCAAACCAAUGCUAUUUUGGGCUGGAGGGCUGCAUGUUAAGAAAUUUUCCAACUUCUAUAUGAGAUCUUGGCAUAAUUUGAUCUGGACCCAUGGGUUGUUUCGGUUGGAUUUUGUUUCCUUUCUUGGAUUGUAUUUGGUUGACUCUAUUAUGGAUCAGAUUGAUCCACGAUAAGCAAAACUGAGGUAGGCCAUAAAGUUAGUUGUUUCUCAUGUAAGAAUUUUAUCUUUGAUACUUAAAAAUUCAUAAUAUUGUAUUUGUAAAGUUUCAAUACUUGUAAGAUUUUGUUAGUUAAAAAUACGUAUAUUAAAAGACAUAAUUUAUUCUAGAAUAUUCAAAAUUUAAUUAUUUUGAUAUUAAUAAGAUCACUUCUUUUCUUUUAUUCUUUGAGAUUGAAAUUUUGCCAUUUUCAAUACAGUUAAGUUUUUUACUACACAAAAUUUCC